AUGAAGUCGCUUCUUCCGCUCCUCAGCUGCGUUGUUGGCCUGUGGGCAAGAUGCGCCGCCCCGGUCCGCGGAGACUUGCCUUCGCACUGCCUAGUCAGGCAUGUGAUCGGAGAAUGGGAGUUGUAUGAGGGGCUUUGGCUGACUUGCAAAGGCCACUCCGACAGUUCAAAGGCGGAACUUCACGACCCGUACUGCGGAUACCGCGUCCCCGACCAGCCAGGGAGUCACGGCCCCAUGACGCCCCCGAAUGUGUCGCCCAGCUUCUAUCAGUUGCGAACCUCCCGUUUCACGCUUCAUCCGGAUUUCCAGGUCGAGUUUGAGGAUGGCGCGGCAGGUUGGUGGACGUUGGUCUACGACGAGGGCCUCCACCUCGAAGUUUCAGGGCCGCAAAAUCGGCGCUUUUUCGCGUUCUUCAAGUACGAAAUGGCGACGGACGGACGAAACGUGGCCUGGAGCUACUGCCAUACGACGCUAGUUGGAUGGUGGGAGCGGCUGCCCGCGGCGAACGAUUCCGCCGACGCCCUAAUUCCGAGUCCACCCUCCUACGAUACACCGGAGCCGGUGGACCGCGAGAGCGCCAACGAACAGCUGCUGGGAACGAUCAAGCGGGGUUGUUGGUGGGCGAAGAAGCUUGGAGAAGAUAUCUCGACUCCCACGAACGAAGUCCCGAAGGAGCGGCGCUCGCCUCUCGAGGUCCCGCUGUGGCCAAGCUCUCACCCACCAAACAUCGAAGCAGUUGCUGCAGCUGUGCGGAAAAGUCUUCCUGAAGGGGCGUCGUGGGAGCCUGUGAAGGAGGACUACAUCGAAAUCCACGGGCAAAAGCUGCGUUCGCUGGAGGAAGUGUGGUCGCGCGUCGGCAGCCAGCCGCUGUUCAUGUCGAGGCAAUAUGCAGAGAAGACAGAAGUGACGGUCAGAGUCGCGCCUCCUGAGCAUUUGCUCGACUCCGUGAGGCCGUUCGGUAGUCCCGCGGGCUCCGACCCUCCAUGGCGAACGAUUCGCGAAUUCGACUGGACGAACGAGGAACAUGUCUUUUUCCGCAUUGGAAGACGCCAAUCUGUCGUUCCAGAGGCCCCGAACCAAGGAGGGUGCGGCUCGUGCUACGCGAUCACGACUGGCUCCGUGCUCACGUCUCGACUCUGGAUUCGCUAUGCCUCCCACGACGACGUGUUUGGCAAGGUCCACGUUAGCGCUCUACAAGGAACCAGCUGCAACGUAUACAACCAAGGGUGCGACGGCGGAUACGUUUUCUUGGCUCUCAAGUUCGGUCAGGAGCACGGCUUCCGCACGGAAGAGUGCGUUCGCGAAUACAAUAGCAUGGUGAGCGCGCAGCAGAGCGCCCUUGCGCCGGAUUUGCAGAUCUGUCACGACCUUGGGGGGCAGUUGGGCACGUCGGCGUACGGCUGCGACGCGCCGCCCGAGCGGACGCCUUUGCCUGGCGCCUGCUCGACGACGAUCAAAGUCACGUCGUGGCGCUACGUCGGCGGGGUCUACGGCAGCUGUUCAGAAGACGAGAUGCUUCGAUCGCUCUGGGAGCACGGCCCCCUGGCGACCUCGAUGGAGCCCACGAGUAAGUUCGUCGUCUACAGACGAGGCGUCUUCAAGUCGGCGUACAACAGUAUGAUUCAGCAGGGAGAAAACUGGGUCUGGGAAAAGGUUGACCACGCAGUCGAGAUCGUUGGCUGGGGCUGGGCUAAAGAGGGUGACAAGUGGAUUCCCUACUGGAAAGUUCGAAAUUCCUGGGGAAGGAGUUGGGGUGAAAACGGCUACGCCAGAAUUCUGCGGGGCGUCAACGAGAUGGCCAUCGAACGGGUCGCAGUGCUGGGAGACGUCGCGCUCUUUCGGCAUGGGGAGCACGUCCCGCCUCACGAUGAAGCAGACAAGCCCGUCUCGCUGGGUCAGAUGUCGGCAGCGGCGUCGACGAAGGCAGCCGGAAGCUCGACCUCUGCCGGUAAAGCGCGGAACCCGACAACAACAGUGGCCGCCGCGUCGGCUGGUGCACACGGCGCGAAGGCUGCGCUGCGUCACGCACGAACUGGAGGUAGCUCAAAACAUCUGAAUCACGCAGUGCAACCUGAAGUGGACGCCGCAUUUGGCCAUGGCGUGAGCCGGGUCGGCGGGCAGCCCUCCAAGUCAAAUAAGGGCGCUUCUCUUCGGUCGAUCCAGCCCCACUACCAGGCGAAGACGAUUUGA